AUGCCUUCUCGCACCGACGCGCCUCUUCAAGUCGCCAUUGUCGGCGCAGGUCUUGGUGGUCUUGCGGCUGCUGUUGCUUUACGUCGACAGGGACAUAUUGUGACUGUAUAUGAGAGAUAUGAUUUUGCCGGUGAAGUUGGUGCGUCUUUGAGUGCGGCUUCGAAUGGAUCACGCUUCUUGGAAGAAUGGGGAGUCGAUGUGAAGGGAGCCAAACCGGUCAUUCUCAAGCAACUCAUCAUGCACGAAUGGUCCAAUGGCGAAGUGCAGAGCACAUACCCGCUUGGUGAUUAUAAGUCCAAAUUUGGCACGGAUUAUAACAACUUUCACCGUAUUGACAUUCACCAACAAUUACUGAAGUCUGCGUUUGAGCUACCCGGGGAUGGCCCUAAGUGCGAGCUGAAAGUGAACUUCAAAGCAAUCGAUGUGAAUUCAGAGAGCGGGGUCAUUCAGUUCGAAAAUGGUGUUGAGGCAUCAGCCGAUAUUAUUGUGGCGGCGGAUGGUAUUCGGUCUCUCACACGAAACAUGAUUGGAAUUACACCGGAUUUUGAAAUGUCCACAUCAUGCUGCUAUCGAUGCAUCAUAGGAGCCGAUAAACUUCGCUCUCUCGGACUACAAGACUACAUCUCCAAUGAAGCGAUCGAAUAUUGGGGCGGAUUUGGGAUCAACAAGAUUGUGAUGUCUCCCUGCAGUAACGGAGAGGUUGUCAGCUGUUACUGCUUUUAUCCAGCAGCACAUAACAAUGUCCGUGACGACGGAUGGAGCAUCAGUGCCUCGCCGCAACAACUCGUGGAUACCUUCCCAGAUCUGGAUCCUAGAAUGAGAACUUUGAUGAUGAACGCCGAGGAUAUCAAAAUGUGGCGACUCUAUAAGCAUCAGCCAUAUCCUUAUUGGGUAAAAGGCAAGGUUUGUCUCCUGGGAGAUGCAGCGCAUCCGAUGAUGCCCGACCAGUCGCAAGGCUCCUGUAUGGCCUUUGAAGAUGCUGGGGCUUUAGGUCUCGUGUUCCAUAAGAAUUUCCGCCAAGAAUACAGCGCGGUUCAAGGACUGGCUCUCUACGAGAAACUACGCAAGGAAAGAGCCACUCGCAUCCAGGAAGCUAGCUUUAAAGCCCGUGAAAACCUGAACGAGCGGAUUGGUUGGAGCUCGUCUACGGAUCGACCUGGAAAGUUGACUAUCGAGGAGGUCUGCGGGUACGAUAUGCGGGAACAUCUAGCUCAGCUUGUUUGUCAACAAAACACAACAUGA